UGGCACCAUGGGCCCGCCCCCACUCCCCCUUUGAACCUCGGUCGCGUCAUCAAGGCGGAAAAAGUGCGGGAGAAUUCGAGAGGCGUGCGAGGCGAGCGGGGCUGAGCACUGCUACCGACAGGGCCCGCCAUGGAGGAGCGAGCGAGGGCAGCGUGGGAGCGGGAAGCGGCGGCGCUGAGGAGCGAGAUCGCGAGGCUGGAACGCGAGGGCCGAGAGAACGACGCGGGGCAGGGGGACGCCGACUCCGAUCAGCGAGCCGCCCUCACGCGUGCCAUGGAGGUGCUGACGCGGCAAUCUGGCCCCGGGGAGCGGUGGGAUGAGGAGAAGCAGCAAGGCCCCACCAUGGAGACUCGGCAUUCCUGGUUGGAGUCCCGGUUGGAGUUCUUGAGCGAGUUGACCGGGAUUCACUUUCACAACUACACCUGGCGCAAGGACACGGGUGUGCAGGGCGCUGUGGGGAGACACCUGUUCUCCGGAGAGUGCUUCUCCUUUUCUUUCCAGCUGGAGUUCGAACUCAACGAAACCACGGUGGACGGGCAGACAACCGCUUCCGUGUCCCAGCUGGACGUGGCAGUAGACUCGGCCCCCGAUGACCUGAUCAAGUUCAUAGCCAGGGCUGAAGAGGAGAAGAGUCUGAUGUUGCUGCUCAGGACCAUCGUGUCGCACAGCCGCUGGUGCGCGCUCCGCCGGAAGACCUUCGCGCACUUCAAGGCCCGGUUCCCCGGCGUGGUUCUGCUCCCGGAGGGUGAAUUCGGGUCUACCCUGCUCAUCCAGAACCCCGCCGUGCCGGGGUACAAGCGCUUGCCCCGCUUCCUCGUGGUGUGGCGGACCGAAGUGCACCCCCACGGCCUCGUCCUGCCCAACAUCCAGCUGCACGUCAAAACGACGCAACGCAUGGAGGAGCAGGGGCUGGGCGGCUUGCCGGAGGAUGCGCCGCGAGCCUUCCAGACCCUGCUCAAGCUGCAGGGCAUCGAGACGGCGCUCGCCUGCUUCGUGCUCAGCGUGCAGCCCGCGCAGUAGCACCACGCCGUGCCACGCCAAGCCACGCCAAGCCACGCCAAGCCGCGGCGUGCCCCCUUGCCACGCCGCGCAACGUUGUGGCCGUGCCAAGCUGUUGCUGUUGCCACCUCGCACCACGCCAUGCCAAGCUAUACCGUGCCACCCUAUACAUUCGGAAUUGUUCGUUCUCGCUUUUUUCGGUGUUUUUAGCGUCUCUUUUGUAACGUCGCUCGCGUCUCUUGUCGUUGGUUCACGCGGCCCCCGGUGUGUAUCGACACGGCGCAUUUGCUUGCCUUGUUCUUGCCCGUAAAUCAUAAUAAUAAAAAAAACGUCGAUCCCCA